CUUUUUCCAGACAGAUCCAUUCAUCCAUGGCUACUGCUACCGAGAAGCUCACUCAGCUCAAAUCUGCUGUCGCCGGCCUUAAUCAAAUCAGUGAAAAUGAGAAAAAUGGAUUCAUUAAUCUCGUCUCUCGAUACCUGAGUGGCGAAGCACAGCACAUUGAAUGGAGUAAGAUCCAAACACCGACUGAUGAGGUUGUCGUUCCUUAUGAUACGUUGGCUCCUACACCAGAUGAUCCUGCUGAAACCAAGAAAUUGUUGGACAAGCUUGUUGUGCUAAAGCUUAAUGGUGGUUUGGGAACAACAAUGGGCUGUACUGGUCCCAAAUCCGUCAUUGAAGUUCGCAAUGGAAUGACAUUUCUCGACUUGAUUGUUAUCCAGAUUGAGAAUCUCAAUUCCCAAUAUGGGUGUAAUGUUCCUUUGGUUCUCAUGAACUCAUUCAACACUCAUGACGACACAUUUAAGAUUGUGGAGAAGUACUCCAAGUCCAAUGUUGAGAUUCACACCUUCAAUCAGAGCCAAUAUCCUCGUCUGGCUGUAGAAGAUUUUACACCAUCACCUUGCAAAGGACAGACAGGGAAGGAUGGAUGGUAUCCUCCUGGUCAUGGUGAUAUUUUCCCAUCUCUAAUGAACAGUGGCAAGCUUGAUGCUUUCUUAUCACAGGGAAAAGAGUACGUGUUUAUUGCCAACUCGGAUAACUUGGGUGCUGUAGUUGACUUGAAAAUCUUAAAUCAUUUGAUCCGAAACAAGAAUGAAUACUGUAUGGAGGUCACACCCAAGACGCUGGCAGAUGUGAAAGGUGGUACCCUCAUCUCUUAUGAGGGAAAAGUUCAGCUUCUUGAAAUUGCUCAAGUUCCUGAUGAACAUGUUAAUGAAUUCAAGUCAAUUGAGAAGUUCAAAAUUUUCAAUACCAAUAACUUGUGGGUGAACCUGAAUGCAAUUAAGAGGGUGGUCCAAGCUGAUGCACUCAAAAUGGAGAUCAUUCCGAACCCUAAGGAGGUGGAUGGGAUCAAAGUCCUUCAACUGGAAACUGCAGCUGGUGCAGCCAUUAGGUUCUUUGACAAUGCUAUUGGGAUAAAUGUACCUCGAUCACGAUUCCUUCCAGUGAAGGCAACUUCAGAUUUGCUCCUGGUUCAGUCUGAUCUUUACACCUUAGAUGAUGGCUUUGUCAUUAGGAACAAAGCUAGAACAAAUCCUGAAAACCCAUCUAUUGAAUUGGGGCCUGAAUUUAAGAAGGUUAGCAAUUUCCUGAGUCGAUUCAAGUCAAUUCCAAGUAUCAUUGAGCUGGAUAGCCUUAAGGUGACUGGUGAUGUAUGGUUUGGUGCUGGUAUUACUCUCAAGGGGAAAGUGACCAUUGCUGCAAAGCCUGGAGUGAAGUUGGAAAUUCCUAAUGGAGCUGUAAUUGAAAACAAGGUAAUUAAUGGCCCUGAAGACCUUUGAAAGUACUCGGCAGGAAGGGCCAACUUUGUGGAAGACGUGUUUUUUCAAAAACUAUGGUUGUCUAUUUUGAUCGGAAAAUAAAAAUAGCAUACUGUCAAGUAUCUGAGUUACUUACAUUUGUAACAUACAAGAGUGAUGUUUGGUUUGGGAGUUGGUUUUUUGAGCAGCUUGCAGUGCAAGUCAAGUUUUUUUUGUUCUUUUCCUCCUCAUGAUGCUUGUAUGACACCAAUCUAGUGUUUGUUUAAUAUAUAUCUUUGAAUUUA